GUGUGUGUGUGGUGCGGGUGUGCUUCGAACAUAUCAAGAAUUAAGGAACUAAUUCAGUUGGGCGGCGCACGCAGUGGCAACAGUCGUUAGCAGUGAUCUUUCUGGUGAAGAACGCACAAAGCACAAAUCUCAAAACAUGGACAACAUUGAUGAAGAUCUGACCCCCGAGCAGAUUGCUGUGCUGCAGAAGGCAUUCAACAGCUUCGAUCACCAAAAGACUGGCAGCAUUCCCACCGAAAUGGUGGCCGAUAUUCUGCGUCUGAUGGGUCAGCCCUUCGACAAGAAGAUUCUCGAGGAGCUGAUCGAUGAGGUCGAUGAGGACAAGUCCGGUCGCCUGGAGUUCGAGGAAUUCGUUCAGCUUGCCGCCAAAUUCAUUGUGGAGGAAGAUGACGAGGCCAUGCAGAAGGAGCUGCGUGAAGCUUUCCGCCUGUACGACAAGCAGGGCAAUGGUUACAUUCCCACCUCCUGUCUGCGUGAAAUCCUGCGCGAAUUGGACGAUCAGCUGACCGACCCGGAAUUGGACAUCAUGAUUGAGGAAAUCGAUUCUGACGGCUCCGGCACCGUUGAUUUCGAUGAAUUCAUGGAAAUGAUGACAGGCGAAUAAACAAACACUAAUUGGAGCUAUCAAAGAAAAUUCAAUAUACAAAUAUUUAUUUUUUCAAUCAUGUUUAUCUUAUCGUAAGAGUUCCCUCCCUUCCCCCACACUCUAAAUGGCUAAAUAAAAUACGAGUACAAUCACCCAUCUCAUAAUAUCAAAAAGAA